GCGGAUGCUACGAGAAGGCAACUAAGGGUUAAAAAGUGAGCGGGAGAUGGUGCAGCGGCAGCAGCGACAACAGCAGUCAGCCCGCCUGGCCCUGGGUGGAGUAAAAUGUUGACAUGAAGAGCCGCAAAUUAGCCCCACUGAACGGCUAUCACUUGCGGGGGCGGCCGUGCGUGAAAAGACCCACAAAAAAGGAGAGCACCUAAAGUAGCCGCGGCGUGUCAAAGCCUUUGAAGUGAUAAAAAAGCCCCUAACUGCUAACAUGAGCGAUGUUAGCGAAGAGGCGCUGCUGGAUUACUUUUACUCCACGGCGGGGAGCUCAGGCAGAGUCCGAAAUGCUGACAUUUUGAAGACUUUUAAGCCCUUUAUCGGACACAAUGACGCCCAGCUGCGUGCCAAAUACAGAGAAGAAUUCAAGCUCAUCAUUGACCGCAUUGCUGUGGUCAAGUCAGAAAAUGGUGAGAAGUUCCUUUUCCUCAAGAAGAAAUACAGACAGCUGCUGCAAGCGCGCAGCACCAAAGACACACUCGACGUGCAAGACGAGGACAGGCAAGAACUUUCCAGCCCCGCCACACCGCCGGCGAGCGAGCAGCACCGCGAACCUGAACCGACGACGUACACGGAGCCAGACAGCGCCGCUGAGUGGGAGUCGGAGCAAGACGACGAGUCAACAGGGAGUAUUGGCUCAGCUCCAGUCGCUUUGGACCCAAUAGAAAAAGAGUGGAUCUACUUUGCGGCUGGCGCUCGAGUUCUUGACCUCAGUCAGCUGCUACGACAAGACCCUUCACUCGCCAACAAGAAGGACUUCACAUCUACCGCUCUGCACUGGGCCGCCAAACACGGCAGCGAGGACAUGGCCACUCUGGUCGCCAACGCCGGCGCUGAUGUCAACACCAAAUCGGGUUACACGCCUUUGCACAUCGCUGCGUUGCACGGCCAUCAGAAGAUUCUCGACCUGCUGGUGGGGACUUACGGAGCCAAAGAGAACUUGAGGGACUACAGUGGCCAUCUUGCCUUCCAAUACCUCCACCCUAAGGAAGUGAAGGAGUGUCCAGAGGAGGACUGCCAGCUGCCGGAGUUCCAAGCCUCGCAGGCCAGAGAGCGCAACCGGAACAGGAAGCUGGUGUCGCUGUUUCACUCCAAGAAGAAGUGGGGCUCGGCCGAGGAGCUGGCGGCCAUCGAGGAGGAGAGGGUGGCGCCGCAGCAGCAGCAGCUGGCUCUUCCCGCCUUCAGACCCAGGAAGUUUUCUCGCUGACGACGGGCGCUCGCCGAGAUCCGCAAGUUCACUUACGCUUUUACAAUUUGGCUCGCCAACACAAUACGUAUCCUCAAUAUGUGACCGUAUCAGUAUUUACGCUAGCUUACCUUUUUAAUAGCAUCCGCUCAGGAUCAUUUACAGGUUUAAAGGUGAUAAUUUGGCUCGCCAACACAAUACGUAUCCUCAAUAUGUGACCGUGUCAGUAUUUACGCUAGCUUACCUUUUUAAUAGCAUCCGCUCAGGAUCAUUUACAGGUUUAAAGGUGAUUUUGUGGUUUUGUUUACGCGUCAAACGCAUUUUAAAAAAAGAUACAAACCCCGUUUCCAUAUGAGUUGGGAAAUUGUGUUAGAUGUAAAUAUAAACGGAAUACAAUGAUUUGCAAAUCCUUUUCAACCCAUAUUCAGUUGAAUAUGCUACAAAGACAACAUAUUUGAUGUUGAAACUCAUAAACUUUAUUUAUUUUUUUGCAAAUAAUUAUUAACUUUAGAAUUUCAUGGCUGCACCACGUGCAAAAGUCAAUCAAUCAAUCAAUGUUUACUUAUAUAGCCCUAAAUCACUAGUGUCUCAAAGGGCUGCACAAACCACUACGACAUCCUCGGUAGGCCCACAUAAGGGCAAGGAAAACUCACACCCAGUGGGACGUCGGUGACAAUGAUGACUAUGAGAACCUUGGAGAGGAGGAAAGCAAUGGAUGUCGAGCGGGUCUAACAUGAUACUGUGAGAGUUCAAUCCAUAAUGGAUCCAACACAGUCGCGAGAGUCCAGUCCAAAGCGGAUCCACCACAGCAGCGAGAGUCCCGUUCACAGCGGAGCCACCAGGAAACCAUCCCAAGCGGAGGCGGAUCAGCAGCGCAGAGAUGUCCCCAGCCGAUACACAGGCGAGCAGUACAUGGCCACCGGAUCGGACCGGACCCCCUCCACAAGGGAGAGUGGGACAUAGGAGAAAAAGAACAGAAACGGCAGAUCAACUGGUCUAAAAAUGGAGUCUAUUUAAAGGCUAGAGUUUUAAGGUGAGACUUAAAUGCUUCUACUGUAAGUAGUUGGGAAAGGGCAUUUUCACCAUUGUGUUACAUCACCUUUUCUUUUAACAACACUCAAUAAACGUUUGGGAACUGACAAAACUAAUUGUUGAAGCUUUGAAAGUGGAAUUCUUUCCCAUUCUUGUUUUAUGUAGAGUUUCAGUCGUUCAACAGUCCGGGGUCUCCGCUGUCGUAUUUUACGCUUCAUAAUGCGCCACACAUUUUCCAUGGGAGACAGGUCUGGGCUGCGGGCAGGCCGGGAAAGUACCCGCACUCUUUUUUUUUUUUUUUUUUUUUUACAAAGCCACGCUGUUGUAACUCGUGCUGAAUGUGGCUUGGCAUUGUCUUGCUGAAAUAAGCACGGGCGUCCAUGAAAAAGACUGCUCUUAGAUGGCAGCAUAUGUUGUUCCAAAACCUGUAUGUACCUUUCAGCAUUAAUGGUGCCUUCACAGAUGUGUAAGUUACCCAUGCCUUGGGCACUAAUGCACCUCCAUACCAUCACAGAUGCUGGCAUUUGAACUUUGCGUCGAUAACAGUCUGGAUGGUUCGCUUCCCCUUAGGUCCGGAUGUCACGAUGUCGAAUAUUUCCAAAAACAAUUUGAGAUGUGGACCCGUCAGACCACAGAACACUUUUCCACUUUGCAUCAGUCCAUCUUAGAUGAUCUCAGGCCCAGAGAAGCCUGCGGCGUUUCUGGAUGUUGUUGAUAAAUGACUUUCGCUUUGCAUAGUAGAGCUUUAACUUGCACUUACAGAUGUAGCGACCAACUGUAUUUAGUGACAGUGGUUUUCUGAAGUGUUCCUGAGCCAUGUGAUGAUAUCCUUUAGAAAUUGAUGUCGGUUUUUGAUACAGUGCCUUCUGAGGGAUCAAAGGUCACGGUCAUUCAAUGUUGGUUUCCGGCCAUGCCGCUUACAUGGAGUGAUUUCUCCAGAUUCUCUAAACCUUUUGAUGAUAUUAUGGACCGUAGAUGUUGAAAUCCCUAAAUUUCUUGCAAUUGCACUUUGAGAAACGUUGUUCUUAAACUGUUUGACUAUUUGCUCAACCCAUAUUUGCAAAUCAUUGUAUUCUGUUUAUAUUUACGUCUAACCAAAUUUCCCAACUCAUAUGGAAACGGGGUUUGUACAAAACUAACUUUAAGUGACCAAAGCUGCAUUACUACCUAAAAAAAAAAACGAUGAAUGCUUUAUUAGUGUAGUUUGAAGUAAGUGCAGAACCACUACUUGCUUUGCAGGGACUCAAUGAAAUGUAAUUAUUUCAAACCUUUUUAUUUGCUUUUUUUGUUUGUAUGCGCUUGGAGGAGAGCAAAGUUUACUUGCUUAAGCGAGCUGUUUUAGUCCGAGUGUGUUUUCUUGCUGCCAAAAGACCACUAGUGUGACGUUCCAGAAUGCUGGAGGUUUUUGUCAUUUUUAGCACCAUUUUUAAAAGUGCAUCAACGCCAAGACUGCCUCGCUGCUAUCUCACUCAGACUCUUGCUGGAUGAUUGGUCAAGAUAGUUCACUCUUCAUUAUGUGCCUUCGUUAAGUUCAGCGCUUUAGCAUUUAACGAUGCCAAUGCGUGUUUGCACUGUUACUUUGUCAACUUGUGCUUUUAAAGGGAAUGUUCUUCCUCGUCGUAUUUUAAUUUGCAGAGGAUACUGUUGUAUAGUUAUUUUGCUAUUAAACUAUUUUAUAUUCAA